GAUGAUCCUCCUCGGCAGGGCAGUCGGCGCAACUCGGGCAGCAGAGGCAAUCCGACAGUGCAUUUUAAACCAGUGCAGCUGCACGGACUUGUACAUUUAUUUGUCGAUUUGGGUUUAAAUUAAAGGAGUUACACACCGUCGUGAAUGGAGCAUCUCAUACCGUGGAAGCUCCAUUAUCCGUACCUUCGCCUCCGAGGAAAUUUGACCCUCAGCUGCAGGAGGAGCGCUGUCGAGCCGAACAUUUUUCUCCACCGUCAUCCGAUCUGACACCAUACCCGAUGCUUACUGCCUAACAGCCAUCACACCGCACCACACGGACCUUUUUCGACAGGACGCCUGAUUUUCCAUCACAAAAUGGCAGUUUUCAGCUCACAGGUGCUACUUGCGGUAACAAGAUCAAGGGGAUCUUACUUGCUUUCUAAAAGACAUGGCUGUGCUACACUCCCCUCAACCGCAUGCAUACGCUACCAUUCAGAAUUGCUCGGACGUAUUGCUAUCACAGCCAGAUGCCCCAGACAACUGUACCCCAACACAUCCAGCUACAUCCGCCCUGGUUGCAUAUCUGCACGUCCCAUCCACAGCUCUUGUUCGUGGCUGCAGGAGGCGAAGGACACCCCUGCAGAUUCUGAACCCAUAAAGAGUAACCCAGCCGCCUCUGCCGCUCAACCACCGCCAACACCUCCAGCGUUGCCAAGGAAGUCCCUGGGACAGAGAGUCCUGGACGAGCUCAAGCAUUACUAUCAUGGUUUCAGACUUCUGGGCAUUGACACUAAAAUCGCUGGCAGGAUGGUGUGGAGGUUACUGCACGGCCAGCAGCUCACCAGAAGGGAGAGGAGGAGGCUGAUGCGGACAUGUGCUGACUUGUUCCGGCUUGUGCCCUUCAUAGUCUUUGUUAUCGUUCCCUUCAUGGAGUUUCUGCUCCCUGUAUUCCUCAAGCUCUUCCCAGAAAUGUUGCCAUCCACAUUUGAGACGGAGACUAAAAAGGAGGAAAAACAGAGGAAAGGACUCGCUGCUAAACUGGAACUGGCCAAGUUCUUGCAGGAGACAAUUGCAGAGAUGGCAAGGAGGAAUAAGGCAGCAGUUGGAGAUGAGACUCAGAAGUUCUCCACCUAUGUGCAGCAGGUAAGGCACACCGGUGAACAGCCCAGCACUAAAGACAUCGUGAAGUUCUCGAAGCUGUUUGAGGAUGAGUUGACGUUGGAGCAUCUGGAGCGGCCGCAGCUGGUGGCCUUGUGCAAACUGCUGGAGCUGCAGCCCAUCGGCACCAAUAACCUGCUGCGUUUUCAGCUAAUGAUGCAGCUGCGUACCAUCAAGGCAGACGAUGAGAUGAUUGCUACCGAAGGUGUGUCUGCAAUGACUGUGGCGGAGCUUCAGGCCGCCUGCAGGAGUCGUGGCAUGAGAUCUUUGGGUCUGACCACAGAUCAGCUCCGACAGCAGCUACAGCAGUGGCUGGAUCUGCACCUGAAAGAAAACGUUCCACCGUCCCUCUUGCUGCUCUCUCGUGCAAUGUACCUGACGGACCUCACUCCUAAACCUCCAGUCAUCCCACCAGUGCCCAAACUGGAGAAAGCCAAUCCUCCUCCUGUGGAGGCCGAAACGUCAGCCAAAGGGAAUCCCCUGUCCUCCUCAGUGGAGGUGAUGGUGGAUUCUGCUCCUGUCAUCAAAAACAGAAAGUCAGAAGAAUUGUUGGAGAAACCCAGAGGGUUGGACAUGCCUUCACCUGAAGCUCAGUUAAUACAUGCUAAAGAAGCAGAGUUGUCACAGAAGUCCAAGAUGAGCGCCAAUGGCAUAUGAGAGUGGCUUCAUGUGACCAUCAUCACCUUAUUCUGCUGGAGAAAGUGUGUAGAUGCUGGAGGAAGAGUCUCUCGUACACUCUACGAUCUCAGAGACUCUUCCAUUCAGACCUGAUCAGCUACUCGCAUCACAUCCUCAAUCAACAUCUGCUCCUAAAAAAAAAAACAACAAGAAAAUAAGAGCAAAACGGUUUGGUUUGAAUUGAUCCAUCACUCCUGCUUGACAUCAUUGACUUUUACAACCAUGAACAUUUGACAGAUUAUGUAAAUUAGCACACAAAAAAGGCUUCAAGAUUCUGUCCGGCCAGAAAAUGAACAAGGAACUUUGCCUUUUUUUUCUGAACUUCAUUAUGUAAAUGUGUAAAUAAAUUGUACAAUACCUGCAUAUUAUAUAAGUGCUGCCGCUUUAUACAGUCACUGUGCCAUACAUGUAGUCUAUGAGUUGGAAAAAUAAGAUUAUUUUAAUAUGAGGAAUGCGUACGGUUGCAUUCAGGAUUGAGUUUGGCAGAUGAUUUGUAAAUGGCAAAGUACGUGGGUAUUUUUUAUUUGAAAAUGUUUCGAUUCCCUUUUCUAGGGGAAUUUUUACGUUCACUCCCUCAGGAGAUGCGAUUAGCGGUGUAGCGAUUUACGCCAGGCCUGCCUGUGGCAGACUCCGGCACGAAACCGUUUUAUCAGAAAGUGUGUAUUUAAUUUGUUGAUGAUAUGCCGUGUCCCCGUUUGAAUCAUGCAUUUAAAUAUUUUCCUUUGCGGAAAAGCCUAAAUACCUGUUGAAGUCCUGAGUUUAAUUUUGACAAAUAUCGAAAUAUUCCCUUGAAGACAUAUUUUUGAUUCAUGUAUUAUUUGGAUUGUUAUUGCUUUUCAUGUUGCACAGGAUAAAAACCACUGUGAGGGAAACAAUAUUGUAUGGCAAUACUUUAAAAGCAUUGAACCCCCCCAGAUGUGGCUUUGUUUAUCCCUUCGCCUGGCCUUUAAGUCGACUGUAACCUUAACUGAAUUUGUUACCUCUAGUCUCACUCUGUCCUGGUGCACUUUUUUAAGUUGAUCUAUUGUGUAAAAUUGAAAAUCUAGCCUCUGGUUGCAUAAACCAGAGUAACAUCUUUGACCACUGUACAGUCAAGAAGUAAAGGUGCUCUUUUGAAUCUUCAAGUGUUACACAACCCCAUUAUUAACUCCAUUUUGUUUUGCGUCAUUUGAACAAAUGCUAUGGUUUUUGUUUCCUAAAUUGACGGUGAAAUUUACUCAUGUUUUGGAUUAAUUGACAUUUGUGUUCAGUUUAAAAGCAUUUCAUUAAAAAAACAAAUCUGAUAUCAAAA